UUUACUACUUGGCGUGGGCAAUUUAUUCAAUUUUAAUGCGUAAUAGAAAUCCAGUUUUUCCUUGCAAAAUAACAUUUAGGGGAAAGAAAAAAUCUAUUGUAUAAGCAAUGGUGAAAAAUCGUUAAUAACAUUCUCAAAAUAAUAAUGCCAGUUGUGCGUAAAAUAUAUGUACAUAUUACUUUUAAGAUGUAUACAACAUGCCUUGUAGCUAGGCAAUAAGGACAAUAUUUUACAUUGCAAUGUCUUUCAAGCAUCAAAAGAGAAAAAUUCUACUUUCAUUGUUGAUAAAAAAAGCAUGUGAUGUUUGUAUCUUUUACAUUGUGGUUAUUAAUUGCUGUAAACGAUAUCAAAAAAUGUUAAUGCAAGAGCUUCGGUAAUAUCAAGUGCACUUGAAGAGCAGUUUAAUACAUAGUACAUAUGUAUGUACAUUUGUAUUUUUAUAGUUAGUACCGGAUACCGUUGGUUUAAUGAAUUAAAUAAUCGUGUAUAUCUUCCAUUGAUCGUUUAGCUGGGACUUACAAGUUGUCAAGCCCGAAAGAUGACGGGGAUAUCCCCAUCAUCUCCAGAUCCCUUAACUUCUAGGGCAGCAUCGAGUGGCGCUACUUACAUGGAUGAUUUUGAGAACAUCGUCGGUAAAGGUAAAGAGCUGGUGAUGACGAAAGAGUAUAAACCUCAAGUGGCUAAUGAAUUCGAGCGCUAUCUGAAUCCGCAGUCUUUGAAACGACACGUAUUUCGCACUGAGAAAGUACGCAAAAUUAUCGAACAUUAUGCUCAAGUAAAUAACUGCUCGGUGAAGCAGAUUGAAAAGCAGGUGAAAGAUAUAAUAGAUGAAAUUGGAUUAGAGCGUAACUUAGCGAUUAUACGAUGGUGUGGUAUGGCUAUAACAGCUAUAUCAAAACGUAUCCUAUCAGGGAUUUACGUUAAUGCACGCAGUAUUCGGAGAGUUCGGGAUCAAUUAGGACGAAACCCCGUUUGCUAUUUGCCCAGUCAUCGGAGCUACAUGGAUUUUGUAUUAAUGUCAUAUAUUUGUUUCUACUAUGAUAUUGAAAUACCUGGUAUAGCGGCAGGAAUGGAUUUUCAUGCAAUGUUCGGCAUGGGGACAAUGUUACGAAAAACCGGUGCAUUUUUUAUGCGUCGCUCAUUCUCAAAUGAUGAGCUUUACUGGGAUAUUUUUCGCGAGUAUAUGUAUGCAUUGAUAUCUGUGUAUCACAUCGGAGUUGAAUUUUUUAUAGAGGGCACGCGCAGCCGCAAUUUCAAGGCACUCGUUCCAAAGGUAGGUUUGCUAUCAAUGGCACUAUUGCCCUACUUUACGGGCGAAGUGACGGAUGUGACCAUUGUGCCAGUAAGUGUAUCCUAUGAACGCUUACUAGAAGAGCAAUUGUUUGUUUAUGAAUUACUUGGCGUGCCAAAACCUAAAGAAACGACAAAAGGAUUUUUUAAAGCACUUAAAAUUAUCGAUGAACGUUUUGGAAGAAUGUACCUAGAUUUUGGGGCACCAAUUUCUGUACGCGAAUUCUUUGGUCACACAGGAGCAGAUAGAAUGCAACGUGCUAAUGUGGGUGCGCACUUGCAAAAACUAGACAGAAAAGAGUUGGAUUUAAUUAAAAAACUAGGCAAUGAGGUAAUUUACCAACAACAGCGAGGCAUCGUUAUUAGUACAUUUAACUUGCUGUGUUUAUAUUAUGCUAGUCAAUUGUAUGUGGACCGUUCGGUUAACAUUGACGAAUUAGCACUUGGCAUUGCUGAGCUAAAGUGUAUUUUCGAAGAAUUGGGUGCACAUGUGGCCACCGAUAUGAACCGGCUUAAAUUUGAGAUAAUUGAAACCGUAGAAAUACAUUCGAAUAUCGUGCAUUUUCAAAAUGCCCGACUGCAAUUCACUGAAGUCGCUGCUGCACAACUUGCACAGGAGAUCGAUACUAAAAGACUGAAGGCACACGCGCUUUUGCCACAGAUCAUGGCAGUGGCAGUGCCCACAUUGGCACUGCAACUUUACAUAAAUCCCUGCAUGUUUUGGCUUGCGCGACCGGCAUAUCUUAUAUUAGCAGCAUUGCAAUUGAAGGCAGACCAACAAAAAGGUAGAAAUGAUGAAACAACAGCUUAUUCUAGCACCUACGAUGAAGUAGUAGAAAACUUACUGCAACGUGUGACUUUAUUGGAUGGUAUUUUUAAGCACGAAUUUAUAAUUGAGUCAAAUCGAGAUAUAGAGGAAUUCAAUAGAAAUCUUCUGCUACUAUCAAAAAAUGGCAUCCUAAAAAUAUCGUCACAUAACGGUCAAAUUUCUAUUAAUGAAAAUGAAUGUAUGAAAGUUAUACUUUCUUCAUUAGCACCUUUUCUUUGCGUCUACUACCAAUUAGCUGUGGCCGUAAAUGAGUUUCCACUUGAUACUUGCUCCGCACAUUCCAAUAAUAAAUCUGAAGAAUUCAGUUCUAAAGAUGUUCUCAUACACAUGCAAAAGCGCAUAGAAAACCUUAUGCAACAACAGCAUGUCACCAAUGUGCAUCCCUAUUGUCUAGCCCUAGAUAAUUUGAACAUUGCACUAAACUCAUUUCAACAAGCUGGCUAUAUACAGAAGAACAAAGAGAGUGGAAUACUGCAGCAUGCUCCUGGCAAACCAUUACGGACGCUGGAAGCUGAAUUAUUGCGCUAUUGUCAGCUGUUGCCAUUCAAACAAUACUACCGGGUAGCAAGCGUUCAAAUGAACUCUAUGCCAUCUAAAUUAUAACUAUUAAAACAACGUAGCAAAAAUCAACUGCUUUCCCAUGUUCGGAAUUGCCACGUAGCUAUUGUGUUUUUAGUAUUAGUUUUUGUUUUGCCAACACUACGUUUAGUCAUCGACUUGUUUAUUUAGUUUUUUACAUAGGUGCAUUGAACAAAUGUUUUUCGUGCACGCGGUAUAAUUUUUUGGUUAAGCGGGAAGUAGGGAUAACUCGUGUGAAACUAUGAUUUUUGAUGCGAUUUCGAAAUUUUUUACUUUUUAGGAACACUUUGAAGGAAAAAACGCAUUUUUGCGAAAAAAUCGGUUAAUUUGAUAUUAUAAAAUGAACAAAAUAACAAAUUUGAAAAAAAUUUCAUCGAAAAUUAUGUUUAGAAAUAGUGUUCAAAAUUUCAAAACGAUCGGUACGACUUGAUUUAUUAUGCAUUCACAAAUUUAAAAAUGUUACUCCCAUAACGAUCAUCUUGUUGCCACAUUUAUUUAAAUAUAUACAUAACUCAAAAUUUCUUGAACAGAAAAGGAAAAUUGAACGGUCAGCGGCACCAAUAAUUUCUAUUUUUUGAAAUACUUAUAAUUACGCACAAAGAAGCAUAUUUAAAAUAAAUAAUUCGUAAUCAUUCCUAUCAUUUUUCGGUAAUCCCUUUUUUGAUCACGCCUGCAAAAGCAUAUACAUAUGUAUGUAUUUGUAAUAGCUAUUCAUUUUUGGAUUGGUACGUAUUUAUGUACAUUAUAUAAAUAAGUAAAAAUAUAGGAAAUCGCAAUAAGAUGUUAUAUCGAAAUGCACACAAGUCUUACUACUUUGCUACUUGCAUUAUAAGCAUUUAACAAGCCAUAUAAUGUUUUCUCAUUGGUUAUUUAAUUAUUGAAAUAAUAUCAAUUCCUUUAGUUAUUAGCAAGGCACAAUAAUAUUUUUUAAAAAAAUGUUUGCCUAUUUUAUUUUAGUUAUUUUAUAGUAAAUAAUGAUGAUGACAUGGUUGUCAUCGCAAAAAACUGUGAUGGUUUGUAAUACACGAGUUAAGUUGAUUGUAAUCCGUUUGGUAUUUGUUUUUAUAUAUUUUUUAUAAAAAAAAAAUAAUUGUGCUACAUUUGUAUAUUACCAUACAUUGAAAUUAAAAUAGUUUAAAGUUACAUGUGUAUGAAUAUAUUUGCAAAUAUUGAUAUAUGUAAAUAUAUGAAUGGGAAAGUAACAUACCUUAUUGAAAUAGCAAUUAAGUGGUAUGGUUUGAAUUACAGAUCAAAAUAUAUUUCUUUUUGUUUAUCACAA